CAGCAGGCAGCGGAGGGGAGAGAGAGAGAGGGGGGAUGGAUUCUCAAGCGCCGCUUCGUCCUCCUCUAGCUUUCGCCUGCUUCAUCUUCCUUUGCUCAUCCUUCUGCGCAGCAAAUGGGAUGUACGACAGGGUUGGUGCGGCGGCGUCAGAUGGGGAGAGCAGGAGGAUGCGGCUGCACACCGACGGGAGCCGCGGCGACGCGCACGCGUGGCCUGGGUACCUCUACACCCGAGCAGUUGGGAGAUGCACACCCCAAUUCUGGAGCAGCGGAGCCGAGCCCUGGCCCAACAUCGUCCCACAGGAAGCGGCGGUGGCGAAGGUGUUCGGGUCUAGGUCCGUGGAGCGCUACGGGCCGCGCCUCACCCUGCUGGAAGCUACCAUGAGGACCGACGAUGCCGGUGGCAGCGCCUUCGUGAAGCUCGUGAAGCAAGGGAGCGCCGCCCUCCUCAACGCCUACGCGAGGAGAGGGUUCCCUUUCGACUCCUGGGAGGUGAAGGCCCUGCUGCUGGAGGCGCUGGUGUCCGAGGAUGCCGCUGUGGUCCAGGCGGAGCGGUUUGAGCAGGCCAACGAGUCCUGCGUUUGAUCUUCGAUGGAUGAAGAUGCAACGAUGGUGCCGCUGUAGUAUCGUGUUCCUGGUUGGUCACCACUUCUGUGACUUUGGCGUUGAGGUUUCUGAAGCCGCAACUCUGUCCAAGUCGGCAUGUUUCUCUAGAUGCCGGGCUUUGUGUAAUGCUGUGUGCACUGAUGUGUAGUAGGUUGUAAUCUACGGACCGUGAUUUUUUUUUUACUAUUUCAAUGGUAAUG